GCAACGCUUUCGAACUUGUUUUAAACUUUAAAGAGUCUUUCGAGAGUUUAUCAUUGUGCAAGCUUGCCAGUCUCGCCGACUGAAAUAUUGCUGCAUCAUGAUUUUUGGAGAUUUUUCUGCUUGUGUAUUUAUUGAUGGCCAGGACCGUCCGGAGUAUGAUGUCAUCGUCUCUAGCACACCAGCAGAGAAUCGCAUCACCUGCUGGAUCGCAUCGGAAGAGGGCAAGAAAUUUGGAGUCAGGUGGACGAAUAUAACUCGGCAGCCCUGGAGCAUCAAAUCGGUUGUCGUCGUAGACGGCUUUCACUGUCGUGGAGAGGCUGUACCCCCGGGCUGGGUUGGUGCGAAGGAAUGCACGUGUCUGAUCGACGACUCGGUCACCAGAGAUUUCAUGUUCUCAAACAUUGAGCUUACUGAUGAUGACUCAAUGCUCGAUGAUCAAAAUUCGAAGGAAAUAGGUCAAAUUGUGUUGGAGGUAAAUACUGGGUACAUAAAGGAAAAGGUAGUGAAACGUCAUCAAUUCAAUCACACCCGUCGUAUGGAAGGCAAGGUUCAUGAACGCUCCAAGAAGGCAUGUGCACAUCGUGUCAUCUUUGGAAAAGAGGUUCCCCUUCAAGUGCCACGUCAUGUCACAUCCAAGUUCAACUUGGAUGACCGUCCUACCACUCUCUUCGUGUUCAAAUACACGCGCUUGGAUAUCUUACAGGCAAUGGGCAUAGCACCGUCGAUAUCAAAGAACUUGAUCGAGGAAGAGGCAAAUGAUGAUGAUGAAAUUGAAAUAAUCGAUGGACCUAAUGAGCCUUCAAUUUUGCCCUCAGAGGACUUGAAGCCCCGAAUUCAACAGCUCGAGAUGGAGCUCCAGCGUUUACGUGCACAAUUGCCCCCAUCUGAGGACCGGAAGCCAUCACGUGUUAAGUUGGAAAGUGGGAUUUCGCGACGGCAACCCGCCACUGUUAAGGUCCUUGAUUUGACCGAGGAUUAGUGCAUUCCCGCCACCGCUCCGAGGAACUCGAUAUUUUUCAAGACGGUGCACACUGCAUCUACUUAUUCUUUCUGUUCGAACUCAUUCACAAUCAUUGUGGAUACCCGGUAUAAAACUUCUUGCUCAAGUUUCAGCUGUCAUCAGUG